CAGCGUGUGACCUGACCUCCGUGUAUUUGAAUAUCAGGAGCUUCCCUGGGCUGGGUCACAAGGUCACUGGCCUGCCAGUCACCCAGUGUCCAGUUCUGGGAAAGACACGUUACCCAUUUUAGGACCAUUGUUAUAGGGGUUCUGAGCCGGAUCCUACUUAUGCAUGAGGAAACGGGCUGGGAAGGUCUCCAGCCACUCCAACCUGUCCCGGGGGACAGGACUUGCCCUUCUGUGCUGCCCAGAGGGACAUACCCCACGGGCGGGCAGGGGCUGGGGAGGAAGCAGUGCUUGGGAGAGCGCCAGACCCCCGACGGCAGGGAAGGAAGCUGGCUGUAGAUUGUCUUCAGCUCUUCCGAGCUCUGCAGAGCUCAGGGACUGUGUGACCCUGCAGGUUGUCAGGUGACGGUGGACAGGAUAGGAGGACCAGACGGAGAAUGGAGUGAGACCACGCCAGUGUGGGGUACUUGCCUCCUCCUCCCUUUGCUGCACCAGGAGGAAGACCUUGUGUCCCUCACACUCUCUCCUGAUGGCCUAGGUUCUGGGCCCUUCUGUCCCCCUUCAGAUCUGCCACCAGCACCACCUCCCUGUUCAGAGUCCAGGAAGGCUCCCAACGGAUCUGGCCCGAGUUUGGGCCCUUGUGUGACCUGCGGGGACCACGUAUUGUCAGGCGCUGCCCCGGGCUGGCUCAGGAGGUCACAACUCUGACCUUCGCCAAGUGUCCAGUCCGGGGGAGGACGGGCAGUAUCGAUUUCAGGAAUGCUGGGAUUCAUGGGUCUCUGGGAAGGCCAGCAGACCCCCCCGAGGAAGGCAGCCGGGCUCUGGAGGCUGUAGGAGGACCCGCAGGUCCAGAGCGUGGAGGGAAGAGCCGGGUGGUUUGAUGAAAGCAUUCGGAGAGGGGGAUAAAAUUGGUUGUGAGAGUCUGGGAGCGAGGAAAGAGUGAGUGAUAGAAUCACGUGAGUCUGACAGGGUCUGGGGUCGGGGCCACACAUUCAGGUCAUGCGGAGUAGCUGGAUGUGGGAGGAUUUAGGAGGUGAGCAGCAGUGCUAGAUGACUGCAGGUUUCUAUCAGGGCCUCCGUUUCCCCCUUUCCAAGCAGAUGGGUAGUUGUGGGACGCCCCGCCCCGGGCUGUUCCGUCAGAGCCUGGAGGAGCCGGGUCGACUGGGAUCAGAGAGACGCUCCUGCGCACCCCCCAACUUCCAGUGCCGCACCAGUGGCUUCUGCGUUCCCCUCCCCUGGCGGUGUGAUGGCGACUGGGACUGCGCGGACGGCAGCGAUGAGGAGGAGUGCAGGAUCCAGCCGUGUGCCCAGAACGGGCAGUGCCCACUGCCCCGGGACCCUCCUUGUUUCUGUGACAGCAUCAGCCAUUGCCCUGGUGGCACUGACAAGAACCUGCACAACUGCAGCCGCCGCCAGCCCUGUCCCCUGGGCCAGCUGCCCUGCAAGGUGGGGGACACCUGUGUCCCACACACGUGGCACUGUGACAACCACCCGGACUGUCCAGACGCCAGCGACGAGCUGGGCUGCGAAAUCAAGGAGACCUUCCAGGAAGGCCACACCACCCUGGGGGACCCCGUGACCCUGGAGGCCGUCGCCUCUCUCACAAAUGCCACAGCCUCUUCUGUUGGGGACCUGUCUGGGAACCCAAGUGCCUACGGGGUCAUUGCCGCUGCUGGGUUGCUGGGUGUCACCCUGGCCGCUGUCACCCUCCUGGUGCUGUUCCAGCUCCGAGCCCAAGGGUCCCUGCACCUGCCAAGGCUGUUGGUGGCCAUGAAGGAGUCCCUGGUGCUGUCAGAACGGAAGAGCUCAGUGCUCUGAAGGUCGCCGUCACCUCUGCUGCUUGUCACUGCUCGGCCCUGACUGCAGCCAGUCUGAGGGAGACCGCGGUGGGGACACAUGGGCAGUGUCCCAGCCCUCCGGAACCUGGCUGUUCUGGCUCCUGCAGACGUGGCUUGGAGACUGGUGUCCCCGCAUGGUCCCCUCGAACUUGGGGAGCGAGGGUGGAGGAGGAGAAGGUGCCUUGGGUGGAACCAGGCUCAGAUGUCUUCCUGGGCUUGCACUCCUGUCCGCUCCCCCAGGGCAGGGAUUAAAGCCCUGGACAUCCUCGCCGCCUCUGGCCUCUGUCUUCCU